AUGUUGUCUGCGUCUCAGGAUCUCACCGCAUCUGUUCGGCCUUCGAUGUAUAGCACUAUCGCAUGGGAGUGGAACACUGUGCCCCAAGCACGCAUUCUGCGCUUACUGCAGGCUGUUCUACAGUGCCCUGAGCUGGCCUCAAAUAUCCAGCACGUCUCGAUCUUGUCAUCUUCGCAAUAUGUGCUCACUGAAGAAUGGAAAAACGACCCACGAGAUGGCCAGGAUGGGCCACUUUGGAAUCAAUAUCUUGAGAGCUUCAGCGACGUCGUGGAACAGUCCCAAUCAAUUGUUGAUAAAGCCCAGUUCCCAGAGGCCUUGAAAUGGAAUGAAGCGCUCCAGAAAGGCAAUUCCUAUGCCUACGUGACCAUUCUCCUCUCCCGAUUACACAACCUUAAAUCUCUUCAGCUGGACUACUCCUUUGUCUGGAAAUCAGGAUUUCCUGGAUUGAUGAUGAAGCACGCGUUAUUUUCCACACCAAAAGCCGUACUAUCAUCUUUCAACUCUCUUACGGCUAUUGACUACGGUAGUAAUGUACCCCUGUCUGAGGAGUUUGACCCCAUCUUUAAUAUUUUUGAUGAAUUGAAUGGCUACCCUCCUUGUGAUCCCAAUCAAUUCAUGGCCUGGUUCCAUCUGCCUUCCGUUCAAUCCAUAUCCAUUUGGCUACGGAGCUUUCAAGACGUUAUUACUGGUGAGGACCAGGGGAAUCUGAGUAAGCUGCAUACGCUAGUCAUCGCUCGAGCUACUAUCAAAGAAGAAGACGUGCCAUCUUUUCUGUCCCAGAUGACUACCUUGAAGUCUCUGCACUUGGGCAUGGCAUAUAGAUGGCACAGUGAAUUUGCCUUGGCAUCAUGCUCGAACAUCCUGGAGGGCUUGGAGUCCAUCAGUGAUACUCUAGAAAAGCUCUCCCUGGGUGUGGAAUACUACCCAUUCAGCAAAGGGUACUAUGAUUUUGGAACCGACGAGGAUGAACAGGCAAGGAUAGAAUUUGAUGGAUUUCUGAAGCAAUUCCCCCGGCUGCGAUCUGCAGAAGUACCCAUCACUUUACUUGUGGGAUUGGAUUCAGAUGAAUCGGAUGAAAUUGGCGACCGUCUACCGGAUACCCUCGAGGAAUUAUGUCUGCAGUGGGAUAAUUCGGAGAUUAAUGGGUUUUGGGAAUUCGAGUCACAAUUACAUGAUUGCGUCCGGUAUCUGCUGGACGAUCAACGGACUCAUUCGCCGCACCUUAAACGAGUCACCAUCCGGCAACGCAUGCUGCACCCCAUUGAUAGGGAAAUCUUUGCCAAGGAGCGCGCAGAAUUGAAAGAGGUGUGUACAGAGGCCGGGAUUGACCUGGAAGUGGUAUUUGACUAUCUGUCUCCGGGGCUAUGGACACAAAAUAAUACUUGGUGUGAAUAG